AGAGAGAGAGAGAGAGAGAGAGAGAGCACGGAGGUGUGAGGAAAAGGAGGAGAAGUGGGCGAAAAGGGCAGCGCAGCGCGUGCACCUAAAGUGGCUGGAGGGCUAGAAGGCAUGCCCAACCCCGUUACGCAACCGGACAUCGUCUUCCGCCUGAUGGAGUUCGUGGGUGGCGAGCAGUACCUCUUCUUUGCGGGGGUGUCUCGGACCUGGAGGGACGCGUGGGAGGGACGCCCGACGACCACGCGUGCCGUCACUGCCGACACGGGGGUGCCCCAGCUGUCGCAGAGCUUCGAGUGCGGCCUGGCGCGGCGGAGCACGGUAUGCCAAGACAUUGCUGCCCUCGGAAGGCUUGACCUUCUCGUGUCCGCUCGCGAAGAAUACGAGUGUCCCUGGGAUGAGGACACGUGUUCGUACGCGUCCGAAAACGGACACGCUGACGUGCUUCGAUGGGCCUUCGCGAACGGUUGCCCGUGGGAUGCUGAUACCUGCACCAUGGCUGCUCGGCACGGUCACUACUGUGUACUCAAGUGGGCCCGCAGCAACGGCUGCGACUGGAACAGCGAAACCUCCAAGCUAGCCGCGGUGGGGGGGAAUUUCGAAGUCAUACAGUAUCUGCACAAGCAUGGGUGCUCGUUGGAUGCUGACACCUGCUACGGAGCAGCCCGUGCUGGACACCUGAAAAUCUUGAUGUAUUUGCGUGCCCAUGGUUGCGAAUGGGAUCAAUGGACAACUGCUGCAGCGGCUGCCCAGGGACACCUAACUAUUCUUUCUUGGUCUCACCAAAAUGGGUGCGUCAUGGACGAGGAUGUGAGUUAUUUAGCAGCCCAAGAAGGUCGCCUAGAUUGCAUUGAAUAUGCGCUGGCAAACGGUGUCCCAUUGCAUGCGGAAUGCCUGCAAGCCGCCAGGGAAAGCGACCAUGCUGACAUGGUGAAUUGGUUGGUAGCAAACGGCUGUCCCGAACCCUAG